UGGAUGGUCAUGUGAUACAGCCUGGUCUUCGACGUCUUGUGGCUCCUCUCGCAGCUGAACUUUUACCAAAGUUUCUCCAUUUAAAAGUUUGUUCCCGUGAGACAUUCCUGGAUUAAAAUACACAUCACCAUGGCAGAGCUGGGUUUUGUGAUCGCCAUGUCGGUAAUGACUCUGUUUUGGGGUAUUAUCGGAGGAGUAGUGCCCUGGUUCAUCCCCAAAGGACCGAACAGAGGAGUGAUAAUCACAAUGCUGGUGUUGACUGCAGUUUGCUGCUACCUCUUCUGGUUAAUCGCAAUCCUGGCUCAGCUCAACCCACUUUUUGGGCCUGCUCUGUCCACUGACACCAUCUGGUACCUGAACUAUCACUGGCCUUAAUUCACCCAUCCAGCACUCCUGAUCAUGCAGUGGAGGACCCCCUGCUGCUUCAUACCAAUGAAUGUUUGCUUGUCACACCAUGAGAUCAUUCCUUCUGAAUUGCCUUAAUCUCAGACCCCACCGUGUGGUGCCCACCUUGGUGCCUUGUACAAAAACUAUUUCCGAAGGACAUCGGAGAAAUCCCACCGACUGUGCUUUUCUGAAAUACAAGUAACCAUCACUUGGUGUUAGUCUGUUUAUAUUUAAUGUAUAUUGUUGCUGUUGUUAAUAUGAAUGAUCGUUCAUUUGAAUAGUUGAUGUGUGUUGUGUUUGAUGUUAUCUCUUCUUGUCUGGAAAUAUUAGUGAAGGAUAAAAUGCAUAUAAAAGUUGUAAAUUAAUAAAGUGAAACUGAACUUCA